CGACGGCAGYACAACAGGAGAGACAAAACCUGRCAGACAUUUUAUUAUGCACAAUGMGCGCAGUUAUCUGGAACAACACCAUGGGAGACCUUCAUUCGAGGUCUACAUGGYAGCUGCAGCACUAUCUUAACCAUAACGUGAAGACGCUUGCAGMAGCCAUGAAGGUCGCGGACUCCCAGCUGCAACAGAUGGACAACCGCAUUGCUGCUAUGGAGGCAAGACCCUCCCAAGCAGCGCCAGGCUGCACGACAGACACGGCGAAACAGRUCGACGAGCSUAUCGACCAURUCGUCAGUCUAAUCGGCGAACUAGGUGACUUCACCAGUCCACCCACGAUCAGCAKCAYGGUGGCCGCCAUCAAGACGARCAUCACCAAACUGCAGUCGCAACCGGCASCAGCUGCGAAAGYAUACAAGAUGCCACGCUUAAACAWCAGCMAGUUCGAUGACUACAACAAGACCGACGCUUUGACAUGGUGGCAAGCCUUCCUCACYGAASCGUCCUGCCACAAGGUCCCAGCYGAGGACAUGAUGAAGGCGUUAUACCUCCAACUCAUUGGAGGCCUUGGCCCGCGCGUUCGAAGGAAGACGCAACCUACGCAAGUUACACUCGCGGACGACCGCACGCAAAAGUCAAUUGACCGAUGCAUCGACGGCGUCCCGGUACACUUUGCACCACUUGUGUGCGAGCCGGUGUCUUUUGACAUCCUCGACACCAAGUUCGACAUGAUACUAGGCAUGUCUUGCUUGCGUAGUGCCGAUCAUCCGGUGAACAUUCAUGACCGGACCAUUCACAUCCGUGAUCGGAACGGAGUGUUAGUCCCAUGUACGGUCGUGACCCCUCACACUUCGAUUGCUUGUCACGUGGUUUCCGUUGCGAAAAUUCGCGACAUCAUAGCUAGGAAUGACGUCGAGGAGAUGGGCCUUGUAUUCUUGCAUGCUCUCCCCUCGCCGGACAGACCAGCCGCAUCACAGCCGGACCCACGCAUUUCUCACCUCUUGGACGAGUAUGGAGACGUCUUCGAGGCUCCCACCGGAACGGUUCUGAAUCGGCCCAUACGUCCCGGGAUCACUUUCGAGACUGGCGCCGUCCCUCCCCGUGGAUGCAUUUACCGCAUGAGUGAAGAGGAACUCGAGGUGCUUCUCGCACAACUUGACCACCUCCUUGACAAGGGCUGGAUUCGCCCUAGUUGUUCGCCUUACGGUGCCCCUGUUCUCUUCRUCUGGAAGAACAACAAAGAUCUACRGUUAUGCAUCGAUUAUAGGAAACUUAACRCACAAACCGUAAAGAACGCCGGCCCUCUCCCUCGAAUCGAUGAUCUCCUUGAACCCUUAGGCGGCGCGACGUACUUCUCGAAGUUGGACUUGAAGUCGGGUUACUACCAGAUUGAAAUCCAGCCUCAAGAUCGGUAUAAAACCGCYUUCAAGAGGCGGUACGGGCACUUUGAGUGGGUUGUCAUGCCAUUUGGCCUCACCAAUGCCCCCGCGACUUUCCAAGCAGGUAUGACGACUGAGUUUCGCGACUUGCUCCAUCGCAGCGUCCUCAUCUACCUCGAUGACAUCUUGGUUUAUAAUAGGAUCUUAGACGAGCACAUCAUACACCUUCGCGCUGUUUUGGAGCGUUUGCGACUGGCCAAGUACAAAGUGAAUCUCGACAAGUGCGAGUUCGCCAAGCAGGAGCUUGAGUACUUGGGUCACUAUGUCACGCCGAAAGGCAUUCGUCCCUUAGUGGACAAGAUCCAAGCCAUCACGGAUGGCCAGACGAAGCGAGCACACCAGACCACUCAGAUGAUGUUGCGUACGCUCAUCCAUCCCGACCAGAAAGAUUGGGUUGACCGGCUUCCCGACAUCAAGUUCGCCUAUAACACUUUGGUGCACCCGGCGAUCUGCAUCACACCAUUCGAGUUACAUCAUGGUGGCGAGAAAGCACGGAUCUUCGCUGAUCUCCUUCUUCCAUUGGCUGCCGACAUAGACGUCAAUCGACGUCGAUUUCCAUGUCCUUUCCGCGAGGGAGACCUUGUUUGGAUCCUCUCCGAUGAAUUUGCGCUCGAGCAGGACAUUUCGUGCAAACUCCUUCCGAAAUGGUUCGGACCAUGGGAAAUUACUUAUGCCGUUGGAGACGACCCCGCAGGUCCUUUCUUUGUGGUCAACAUUCCCCCGCACCUCACAGUGCACCGGGUCUUCCGCGCGUCGAAGCUAGCCAUCUACACGCCACCUUCCACUGAAUGGUUUUCGGACCGACGAUCACAAGAUCCGCCUUCUAUGGACGGACAUCAAGAAGUAGACCGAGUCAUCACGCACCGCAAGCAUGGCAACAAGCCAAUGCAGUUCAAAGUCACAUUCAAGCAAUAUGCGUCUGACGACACUCGGUGGAUCUCCGGAGCAGACUUGCAGACUUCUGCACUCUUGAGCUUCGUCGACUAUGAGAAGCGACGACUUGCCAAGGAAGCAGUUCGUCCCGAGCGACCCACCCCGGUAUCGGACAGACAACUCCGCCCUCGCAGGUAGCUCGGUCUUUUAAGAGGGGGAGUGUGUUACAUCUUCGACGCCACAUGGGUCCUAUCGGACCCGACUUAGGGCGAAGGGGACACAG